AUGGCGUGCAAUGUCGUUCAACCAUCGUGUCAAGUUCCAUCCUCUGUUGCUGAUCACAAUUCAUGGAAGCCACAUGAAAACGCUCCCGAUCAUUUCAUCGCCGACAGUGAGCAAUUUAAUAAAGUGAGCAUGUGUCCUCAUGCCAUGCCACUGUUGGAUGUUACUGAGGUUGGAAGUGAAGAGAUGGAUCUUGGUUACGAGGCCAUGCCACUGUUGGAUGUUUCUGAAGUUGGAAGUGAAGAGAUGAAUCUUGGUCACGAGUUGCAAAUGGCUCAUAAAUUCUAUGUUAGCUAUGUAAAGAAAGUAGGGUUUGCAACUAAGAUACAGACGACAACCUAUGAUAGGAUCACAAAGCAACCCAUCAACCAAGCUAUUCACUGUAAUAGGGAUGGGUUUCACGAGUCUCGUGUCAAAGCGUCAACGCAGAAGAACACGAUUUCAGCCGCCGGGUGCAAGGCAAGGAUAUAUGUGAAGUUUGAUAAGGAGAAGCAAGAGUGGAUUUUCUUGAAGGUUGAGUUGUGGCACUCGCACCCAUGUUCAGCGAGAAAGGUGGAUGCAAGGUGUAGGGCGUCAUACAAAUAUUACGGGGACGUUGUGUCAGUUGAUAGCACAUACAGUACAAACAGGCAUGGAUUACUGUUUGCGUCGUUCGUUGGUGUUAACCACCAUGGUAAGUCGACCUUCCUCGGUUGUGCUCUGCUUGGAAAUGAGGAAAUCCCAAGUUAUGAGUGGGUUUUCAGUCAAUGGGUGAAGUGCAUGGGAACUGCCCCACAACGGAUCAUCACCGAUCAAUGCAGAUCCAUUUUUCGUGCGAUCAGAAAUGUGUUACCUGAUACACGCCACCGGUGGUGCAUUUGGCACAUUAUGAAGAAAUUACCGCACAAGCUUGGAGGUUAUUGCCGGUACAGAGAGUUGUAUGAUGAUCUCAAUGACAUUGUCUGGAACUCUCAGACGGUGGAGGCUUUUGAGGAUGACUGGUCUGAAUUUAUAGCUGAGUACAAUUUACAUAACAACCCAUGCCUGUCAGACCUCUAUGAUGACCGACGCAUGUGGGUCCCCAUAUACUUCAAGGGUGAAUUUUGGGCUUCCAUGAGGAGCACACAAAGGAGUGAGAGCAUGCACUCAUUCUACGGUGGAUUCUUACACAGUCGGACUAGUUUGGUCCAAUUUGUUCACGAAUAUGACAAUGUGCUUGGAAUCAAGGAGCAGAGGGAAUUGGAGGAUAAUGCAGCAGACACGAGGGGGGUUAUCCCUUGUGCAACGAGCUCGCCUAUGGAGAGACAAUUUCAGCACCAUGAGGAGCACACAAAGGAGUGA